AUCUUGUCGAAGCACACUUCUCUGUUUCAGGAGAACAAUGGCUUCGACGGCUACGAACACUGAUUUCUUCAAGACUUUGCUUUCUCCUUUCUCAAAUGGGAAUGCGGCGCAACGAAGUAGUAGACAGAACAUUGUUUGGUUAAAUCGGAAGCAAUCUGGAAAUAAUAACAGAUCUCUUCGUGUUAAUGGAUUAUUCGGAGGCGGAAAAAAGGACAAUAAAGAGGAUGGACAAUCAAAGGCAGGAAUUCUAGGUAACAUGCAGAAUUUGUAUGAGACAGUGAAGAAAGCUCAAAUGGUUGUUCAAGUAGAGGCUGUUAGAGUGCAGAAGGAGCUUGCUGUUGCUGAAUUUGAUGGUUAUUGUCAAGGCGAGCUUGUCAAGGUUACAUUAUCAGGUAACCAGCAACCAAUUCGCACUGAUAUCACUGAUGCAGCAAUGGAGUUAGGUUCUGAAAAACUUUCACUGCUGGUCACAGAAGCAUACAAAGACGCACAUUCAAAGAGUGUACUGGCUAUGAAAGAAAGAAUGAGUGAUCUUGCGCAGAGCUUAGGGAUGCCACCAGGCCUUGAUGGAUUAAAGUAACAAAACUUAAUCUUUUUUGUGAUUUCUUUCAACUUAUAGGUAUGAGAAGUCCAGUUCUUUUUGUUGUAUAUCGAUCAGGCAGAGAGAAAUAGAGCUCUGUUCUACUGAAUCAGAGAGAGAUAUUUGAACCUUUGUCUU